UUCGACUACUAUUUACGCAACGCAACCAACCUAUCUGGGCCAAGUCCAAGCAAACCAGGAAAUAGCUAAAACCCUAAUCCUCAAAUUGAUCGACAAAAUCGAACACUGAAGAGUUGUUUCCUAUCAGAUCAGAUCGUGUUUAUUUUCAGUACACUGUCUAGCUCAAAUCCUCUACAACAAUGGUUGCAGCGAUAAUUGCAGGCGCUGCUGUUGCUGCUGCUGCUUAUGCUGGUAAAUAUGGAAUAGAGGCAUGGCAAGCGUUUAAGCUGAGACCAGUUAGGCCUAGAAUGCGAAAAUUCUAUGAAGGUGGUUUCCAAGCUACUAUGAAUCGAAGAGAAGCUGCUCUAAUUCUCGGUGUUAGGGAGAGUGUAGCGGCAGAGAAGGUGAAGGAAGCUCACCGUAGAGUGAUGGUGGCUAAUCAUCCAGAUGCAGGAGGAAGCCAUUACCUUGCGUCUAAGAUCAAUGAAGCCAAAGACAUGAUGCUUGGAAAAACCAAGAACUCUGGUUCUGCGUUUUGAAACCCUUUGGGUGAGGUCGAUUGAUCCCAACCACAAAGCCAUGUGGCCUAGUUUCGAGUAGUUAGUCUAGAUCGUUCUCUUUAAGCAAUAACCAUUAGAUUGAUUGAUCCUAUCAAGCCAUGUAGUUCCAAGUUAUUGGUCUAGUUCAUUUUUUUAUCAUGAUGAUGUAUAACGUGGGUAUUUAACUUUUUCAGCGUGAGAAAUAUAUAAACCAAACUGAAAAUGAGUCUAGUCGGAUUCUGGUUUUGUUCAAACAUAAAACUAUAAGAAGAAAAAAAUAUUGCAUUUCCAA